UUGAGAGGAGUGUGGAUAGCCACCCAUGCAGACUAUGCAGCAUUUUACGCAGGUUUAUUGUUUCCAUUUAAUGGCAGUAUGAAAUAGCCUAUCGAUUUAACUUGUCCUAUUUUAACUUUGGCCAAGAUUGGAUUUUUAAACGAGCUGGGUUGGGUGCCGCCUGGGAGCAGAGGAUCACAGGGACGGUGUGACUCGCAGGUCGGAGUGCGCAAAACAACGCGCCCCUGUGAUUCCUCCGCAGUCGCCAGACGGUGCGCAGGUGGAGGCGAAGAGGAGAGGAAGCAGCCGCUCAGGACGGACGGAUGAGCAGGGAUAUCCAAUACGCGCAAGAUUUAUUCCAUCUAAAGGAACACACUGGUUUUCCCCUCCAUCGCUAUAGAUUUGGAACCGCUGUCUUGCUUUGGCGCAGCUGUAACCCAUUUCUCAUCCAUCACAAAAGUUUGACUGUUAAAAGAUGAUGCUCUGCUCCGCUCCUGUGUCUUCAUGCAUUGCUGUGGAUUCCGGCGUCAGCGUAAGUGGCCAGUCAUCACUUGAGAAACAGCUGCGAUUCUUUCGGUCUUAAUUUGCGGUGCCAAUUUCAGCAGAGGGCUUUUAUUCUGGCACAGCAUCGCUCGACCGGGAUUGCAUCCAUUUGAAUUAUUGUCGCACUCCGUUCCAUAAUGGACUUCCUCGGACUGUACUUCUUACAGCUGGCUCUUAUCGGAGUCCCACGUCUGGCGCUGUCUUCAGGCGGGAGGGACUGCCUGCGUGCCGGAGACACCUGCUCCAGCGACGACACCUGCAGCCCGCGACUGCGCACCCUCCGGCAGUGUGUGGCGGGGGACGGCAGCGUGAAGCUGGGGCCCGGGGCCCGGAACCAUUGUGAGAACGCCAUGACGGCGCUGCUGUCCACGCCUUUGCACGGCUGCCAAUGUAAACGAGGCAUGAAGAAGGAGAAGAACUGCCUGAGUAUCUACUGGAGUCUGCAUCAGUCCGUGCUGCACGGUCUCAGCCUGGUGGAGAACUACCCGUAUGAGCCAGAGGAGAGGGGCUCCGACUACGUCCGUCUGGCCUCCAUCGCUGCAGAGUCCGAAGUAACGACGGUGAACCGCUGCCUGGAUGCUGCCAAGGCGUGCAAUAUAGAUGAGACGUGUCAGAAGCUUCGUACGGAAUAUGUCUCAUCCUGCAUCCAGCCGUCAGCCCGCUCGGGGCCGUGUAACCGACCAAAGUGCAACAAGGCGCUGAGAAAGUUCUUUGACCGUGUUCCCCCGGACUACACCCACGAGCUGCUGUUCUGUCCCUGCACUGACACGGCCUGUGCAGAGCGCCGCCGGCAAACUAUCGUGCCGUCCUGCUCCUACGAAGACAAGGACAAGCCCAACUGCCUGGCCCAGCUGCGGAUCUGCAAAGCAGACUAUGUGUGCAGGUCUCGCUGGGCACAGUUCCAGUAUGAUUGCCAACCUUCUGAGCAGAGCGCUAGUGGCUGCAAGCAGGAGAACUACGGAGCAUGUCUACUUGCGUACACCGGCCUGAUAGGAAGCACAAUAACUCCCAACUACCUUGACAACUCCACAUCCAACGUUGGGCCCUGGUGCUCGUGCGCAGCAAGCGGCAAUCACAGGGAACAAUGCACCGACUUCCUCACCUCCUUCAACGACAACGUCUGCCUGAGAUAUGCAAUCCUGGCCUUUGGGAACGGAUCAGAUGAGAAAACGGGCGCCAGCCAGCCCGGUAUGCCCAGUCCGGUGGUGGACCACCAGAACCCACACUUGGCAACCACUGCCCCGGGCAUCUCCAUGGCAACAGAGCAGAACAUUCUAAGAGCACAGAUACCUACUCAGGCAAAUGAAAACGACAGACUGUGGGGCGACGAGGGAGACUCCACCCUUCCCUCUCCCGGUGUGUCGGACUGUGCAGUUGAACCCCUCCACCUGUCGCUGCUGCUGGGCCUCGGUUGGCUGCUCCUGCUGUUGCUCUCCGACCAAUAAGAGGCCUCGCUCACCUGGCCUCCACUGACAAAACUCCAGACCGGGGGGGGGGGUUGGUGUGAGAGAAAGAGCCAUUUUAUGUGUAAAUGAUAGUGGGGAAAAAGGUCAAGUAUCACACAUUCUCUUUUUGUAAAUCAUGAUUUGGAUCAGAUGUAUUGUACAGCCCCACACCGUUAAGAAGGGGGGAACCAGGAAGAACACACCUCAUUUCUUGCUUCGCGCCUGCCCAAAUAAACUCUUACACAACACACACUCUGCUCAUAUGAAAAUAACGUCCAAGCUACAGAAGGGCCCUUGGCUUCAGGUGUACAGUGAAGAGACACUGAAGAUGCAGUGUGGAAAACUAAAAAAAAAUAUUUUGUCCCCAAAAACGUCUUGAUGUUAAAGAAAACAUUAAAUGUUAAGACUUUUGUCUAUGAUAAAUUGUAAAAGUGUUACACAAAAUUUAAGGUGGAUGUGUUUGUCCACAUGCAGCACUCCUUGUUUGUUUUAAUCCCACAUUGUUUUUUUUUUAAAUUAGACAAUUUUGAUACUGAGAAUGUUAGAUGGACACAAUGUGAAAUCACAAAUUCUUGACUGUUUAAGUUGCAAGAGAAACAGCUCAUUUCCAAUUUAAGAAUAUAUACACAAAUUAUUUGAAAUUUAAAUAAGAUUAAGGUCUAUCAAAGUGUUUUAUUUUGUCAAACAAGGACCUAUAUUACUUAUUAGCUUUUAGCAUAUUGUAAAUUGUUUUCAUUUUGAAUGAGUAGAUGUCACUCUUUUGAAAAUGGUCAUUACCUCACUUUGGAAGGGAACUCUUCAUUCAUUCAGCUUUAAGUGUGAAGCCUCACAAACAUGGAUACAACUCCAUGUGGACUUUGCAGGCACAGAAACCAGAUCUCUCUGUGUGUGCCCAAUCAUGCUCUGCCGCUGCACGAGGACUAGUGGGAUUGGAUGUCUUUCAAGGGACUUGUGAGAUGAAGGUACUUACCCAUGGUGGCCGUCUACUUGCUGGGACUCUUUGCUCAACUUGGGACACCAGAAGAUUUACGACAUGUCUCUGAAAAGAGUUAAGAUCGAGGUUGGUUAGCUGACAAGGAAUGUGUCAUUGUCAAUACUACCAUUGACUUCAAUUAUCUGAAGAAACACAUCUUCACUGCAUUCUGAAAUUACACAUGCUGACUUCAACACGAAAACGUGUUGCUACAAGCAGACCAGAUAAAAAUGACACAUUCUAGCUUAAGUUGGAGCUAAAAAUAAGCUAGUGGUAUUGUUAAUUCUUCCUCACUGAUGUCCAUGUUGUUUUAAAACGAGAGCCCAGAUGGGUUUUGAGGACCUAUGUUCUCCCCUACCCCAGUGGUCCUGAGACAUGCAGAUACUUCUGGGUUGUCAUUCUGAGAUUGCUGCUGUCUCCAAAUACAAUAAAGAUCAUUACAUUUGUUUCUUUG